CUAUCCAGGCGAAGAAGAUGAAGCCCCCUAUGGCCGGGAACAGAGUGAAUCUUUUCACAAGUAACUAAUUACUUAGUUUUGGAGCACCACGGAGGUGCACAGCGCUCAACCAACAUGAAUAUUAUUGGUAUGGGUGACAUCGACUCACGAUUCAUUUCAAUAUUUGAAUACAUUUUUUGUUACGAAGCAAUGAUUCACAUUUCUAAAAUUUAUGUCUUGUAAUCGCAGUCCUGAUUCGAGUGGCCCACUUAUUUUCUUGUCACACUGGACAGAACAGACUCUUUCACUCCAUAUUCCAGGAGAACUAGCAACGUAACAAUAUUCGAGCACAGACUCAGCUGCUUUCCUUCUGGUCUUAGUAUUGGAGAGCCAUUUUUGAAACCUUUCCAAAGCUGCUCCUCAACUCGUCCUACUUGUGGUCGGAUACCUGCUGCGGACUCUUACACCAAAGAAACAUGCCGCCCAAACCUCAGUUAAAGUUCUCCGACGGAGAGAAAGUCCUUUGCUUCCAUGGUCCGUUGAUGUAUGAAGCAAAGUGCCUGAAAGCAGAAAUCCGGGACAAAGUACCCAAGUACCUGAUCCAUUACAAUGGCUGGAAUAAAAGCUGGGAUGAGUGGGUUGAUGAUACCAGAGCGCUCAAAUACACUGAAGCCAAUCUGAAGAAGCAGAAGGAAGUGCAGCAACAGCAAAACUCGACCAUGCGAAAGAGGAGACGCAUUGGUGCCAAUGAACGCACUUCUGUCGACAAGCAGGAUAAGCUGAAGAAAGGCACGGAAACACUCUCAGUUGAGCCUGCCCGAAAGCGGCGAAAACUUGAGCAGGGACAAGUGGAAUCUGAAGAUACCUAUGUGAAUCGUAUUGAAGUGAAGGUGACUUUACCAGACGUAUUAAAACACUGUCUAGUCGAUGACUGGGACCUGGUAGUACGACAAAAGCAGCUUGUUGAGUUGCCAGCCAAGAAUACAGUAGAGAGUAUCCUGAAUGACUUUGUUCAGAGCCGAUCUCGGGGUGUAUCUUCCUCUUCUGGUUCGACAAGCAGCGAACGAGAAGCAACCGCAUCUGAGGUGUGUGAAGGUAUUCGCGAGUACUUCAAUGUCUUGCUCGGAACACAGCUACUGUACAAGUUUGAACGCCCGCAAUAUGCAGAGCUUGUACUAAAGCAUCCGGAGAAGGCCAUGUGUCAGAUUUAUGGACCGGAGCACUUACUUCGAUUAUUCGUUCGGAUCGGCUCAGUUUUGGCCUACACUCCACUUGAUAAGCACAGUAUGUCAAUUCUGCUCAGUCAUAUUAAUAGCUUUUUGCGGUUUUUCUCCAAACUAUCAUCCAGUGGUUUCUCCGCUGAUAACUACCACCCAGCUGCACCAGAAUACUACAGACGGCAAGCAACGUGACAAUGUGCCGUCUGUGUGCUCUGCCAAAAUGGGGCAUUGCUGACAGAGUCACUUGGGCAUGCUUGGCUCUGUCUUGUCUCUUCUUGUCGUUUUUGUUGCUUUUUGUUGCUUUUGCUUCUUGUCGCUUUGUUGCUUCUUGUCGCUAUGCUGCUUCUUGUCGCUUUGUUGCUUCUUGUCUCUUUUGUUGCUUCUUGUCGCUAUUGUUUACACGGACCGUGAUCAAUAAUGGUGAGGUGGUCGAGCAUUGGGUGUCAUAUUUUGCCAUCUUGUUAACAGUUUUGUUAUCAAGUCAGGUUGAUCCAACACUUUUUAAUCUUAUUUUUUUGUUCAUUUUCUGUUCCGUUUUUAUCUGGUUCGGUGUACCGCUAACCAUCAUAUUCUCGCAUUGUAUUUUUUAACCAGUGUGUUCCUAUUUUCUUGUCUUGUCAUGUGUCAGUUCUGUCCUUAAAACAAACAGAAAGAAGUAUGUUACAUAUAAUCUUCUUUGGCGCCAGG